AUGUCGCGACGCGACGACGCCGGCGCCGAGGGGACGUCGGCGCGCGCGUACGCCGCGCACUGGGACGGGGUGUACGAUUCGGCGUCGCAGCUCGCGCGCGAGUGGCACGCGGCGUCGGAGGCGUGCUUCGAGGUCGCGGAUGGGUUUCUGCGGGCGGCGGCGAGCGCGAGCGCGGCGGGCGCGGCGGCGCUCGUCGACGUCGGGUGCGGAUCGUCGAGCAUCGGCGUCGACGCGGCGGAUGAGUACGGGUUUAGGGGUGACGUCGUGCUGUUGGACGUGAGCGAACGGGUGAUCGAGGUGCUGCGGGCGCGGUACGCGGAGGACGCGCGGGUGCGGUGUCGCGCGGCGGAUUGCCGGGACUGUCGAGCCGACGUCGCGGACGGAAGCGCGACGUGCGUGAUCGAUAAGGGUACGUUGGACGCGCUCAACGGAGACGAAGAUAAGCGCGCGCUCAUGGAUGAGAUGUUGCGUAUGACGAGAGAGGACGGGAUAAUCUUGAGCGUGUCGUUCUCAGCCGUGGCGAGAUUUGUAUUUCUAAAACGCGAGACGACGAGGCUGGGGUUGGAUUGGCGGUUUCGCGUCGUGAGCGAGGGCGAUCCCGCGCGCGGACACUCGGCAAUUUUCGUGAGCGUGCUGUACAGAAGUUCGAGCGCGUCGUUGUUUCGCGAUGUGCCGUUCGAGGACGACGCGUUGACGCGAACGCUCGUCGAGCGCAUGGAGCGAACCGGGAGCAUCGUCGACGACGAAAGCGACGACGAGGGACGUGUGACGCUCGAUUUCACGCGAGAGGAAGAGAUUUAG